CUCGUCUCCUGUGCUCUUGAUAACAGCGUAUCCAUCUCUACCAUGGCCUCUUCCAAUUUCAUCCGCUACACAUCUGAAGAGUUGCUCGAUAUCUGCCAUCGCCAUGCAUCCAACUCUGGAUUCGUUCCUACGAUAUUUCUCUCGCAUGAAGUAGAUUGGCACGAGCUUCUUGCUAAGCCUGUAACGGGAUGCUGGCUUGCGGCCCGAGAACGAGAGAUUACGUAUGACUUAGAAGGCUAUCUUGAGAAGCGUAACGACUGGAUAGUUAUCCUCGAACUUCCCCAUGGUGACAACAUUACCAUCGAACUGAAACAGGCUGAUGCUUGCGGUAAUACUAUUACCGUUUGCCAAAAAGGGGCACCUAUGCGCAUAGCGGAGAGUGGUCAUGACGAGUUCGAGCUUCUCGAGGGCUAUGCCUGCAGCUUUAGAAAUGGUGUCAAGACACAUACCAAGGCUGAGGACUGGUUGGGUCAGUUAGAGAAGUCCGGUGUAACUCGAUACCAACUCCAACAAGGUCGAGGCCGCCGUUACUGGGUUGACGCUGUACUUCGACAGUUCUAUAGAUUCUAUGAAGGCGAGUUCCCUAGUCUCGAUCAAACCGAGAUGGUACACGUCUGGGAGUCCGAUCAUGAGGCAGAAGUACCAAGGAGCGCUCGGUCCAUCGUAGCUGGCCAAUUUCUCCCCACAAAGUGGCCGAAGGGCUCUCAUAUCUAUCAACCUAGCUCCCUUCCGAGCUCAACCGAAGACCUCCCUAGCUCUCUACCUGACCCAGCUUUGGGGCCCUGGAGAUUUCAAGGAACCAAGCUUGAUAUGAAAUCUUGGUUUAAGAAAGGUUCCCAGAAUUCGCAAUCCAUGUCAGGUGCCCAAUCGAGUACGCCGUCUGAGUCUCAACCCCGACCGGAACACCACAUGAGAGAUUGGCGAAGAGAAGGAACUGGUGGUACUCCGUCUUGGUAUCAGCAGAUAGUCAGCUUCACCAGUAGCGAGGGUGCUUUCCAAGUAGCUGGCGGGCCGAUUUCCCAGCCUCAAAUUCUGGUUUCAAGCAACGAAUAUUGGGGGGUCAUUCGUGCUGCGGGCGAUCUCGCUAAGGACUUUGGUCGAGUGACGGGAACUAACUUCACAUUAAGCAACGGGGAAUCUGGUGCUGAACCGGCAUCGUACGAAUACAGGCCAAUCACACGGAAUUACACACAUUAUGCGGUUAAUGGUACACGAUACUUUCGCGGUCCCGAAUAUGCCGAUCCGUCGGCUGAAAGCACCGUCAUAAUUGCUGGCACACUGGGACAUUCCAAAGCGAUUGACGAAUUGGUUAGUGCUGGGAAGCUGGACGCCUCGGAUAUCGAAGGAAAGUGGGAAUCAUUCACGACUAAAAUUGUGGAAGAUCCAGUUGCCGGAUGCUCAAAGGCAGUCGUUAUAGCAGGUAGCGACCCUCGUGGAACUAUCUUCGGCAUAUACGACAUUAGCGAGCAGAUCGGCGUAAGCCCGUGGUAUUGGUGGGCCGACGUCCCUAUCAAGCAGUCGAAGGAAAUAUAUGUCCUACCAGAUGGUAAAGUCCAGGGGUCUCCUUCAGUCAAGUAUCGUGGCUUUUUCAUCAACGAUGAGCAGCCUGGCUUGUCUGGGUGGGUCCAAUGGAACUAUCCCGACACGCCCUAUGGAGAUGGUUACAAUGCCGACUUUUACUCAAACGUAUUUGAGCUCCUCCUUCGACUACGUGCAAACUACCUAUGGCCUGCCCUCUGGGCCACCAUGUUCGAAAUUGAUGACCCAGCAAACCAGCCACUAGCUGACGCGUGGGAGAUCGUGCUCGGGAGUUCGCAUACGGAGCCGAUGAUGCGCGCACAGAAUGAAUUCCACACGUUCUAUACUAGCAAAGGCCUAGGUCCCUGGGCGUAUAAUCUAAAUAACAAAACGAUCGACGAGUACUUUGUUUACGGGGCGGAACGUGCAAAGCCAUAUGCGCGCAAUAGUUUAUGGACUAUGGGUAUGCGUGGAUCUGGCGAUUCUGGUAUUGAGGGCCUGGACGUCGAAGUGAUCGUCGAAAUGCUAGAGACUCUUGUUCACAACCAACGAGCCAUCAUAGAAGACGUGUUAGAUACUAAAGCCGCCGAAGUACCUCAGCUAUGGUGCCUAUACAAAGAAGUCAUGUCUUAUAUCCUCCAAGGCCUUACGAUUCCGGAAGAUAUCACCCUUCUAUGGGCGGAUGACAAUUGGGGUAAUGUUCGGAGAGUGCCUAUCGACAACGAGACGACGCGAUCCGGAGGAGCUGGUGUCUAUUACCACCUUGAAUACGUUGGAGAUCCCAGAAGUUACAAAUGGAUGAACACGAUCCAACUGGAAAAGACUGCAGAGCAGAUGCAGCUUGCAUAUUCUCAUGGUGCUGAUAGGAUAUGGAUUGUUAACGUCGGAGACAUAAAGCCCUUAGAAAUCCCACUCAGUCACUUCUUAGACAUGGCGUAUGACAUCAACCAGUGGGAUGUAGACGGAGUGGCCAACUGGACACUUGCUUGGGCGGCUCGCGAAUUCGGGCCUGAGCAUGCCACAGCUAUCACGGAAAUCAUGACACGGUUCGGCAUGUUUGCCGCAAGGAGGAAAUUCGAAUUGGUGGAGCCAUACGUUUAUUCAGUCGUCAAUUAUAACGAAGGCGAUGCGAUAUUGGGUCAAUGGCAAGGUUUGGCUGAUGAUGCGCAAGCCAUCUACGAGCAGUUGGAUGAAGCCCACCAGCCGGCGUUCUUUGAGAUGAUUCUGCACCCUAUUCUCGGCGGCCAAAUCGUUCACCAGGUCUAUAUUGGUGCGGAAAAGAAUAUAGUUUAUGCAAACCAGUUCCGAAGCGCGGCGAACGAUCUUAUUUCCCAAGUCUUAUCCAGCUUCAAUGCCGACAGUAAUCUUACGGCAAGAUGGGAUAGCCUAUUAGAUGGGAAGUGGAAGCAUAUGCUCGAUCAAACCCACUUUGGGUAUAACAGUUACUGGCAGCAGCCGAUGCGGAAUGUCCUUCCGGCUAUGUCUUACGUUCAGACUGCAGUAUCUUCGGUAGCAGGUAAUGUUGGCAUAGCCGUAGAAGGGUUGAAUGCUAGCAUUCCUGGUGAUGAUAGGUAUCAUCCUAAUUCGGACAAUACUCUCGUGCUUCCACCAUUAGACCCCUAUGGGCCUGUAGCGCGGUGGUUUGAUGUAUUUUCGAGAGGCACGUUGAACUGCGACUGGUCGGCCGAAACGGAUAUUCCCUGGGUUAAACUGUCGCAAUACAAGGGGACAGUAGGUCCUGAUAAUGGUACGGAUUCUCGCGUCUUCGUUUCGAUAGACUGGGAGAACGCGCCGCAAAUUGUCAACGAUACCGUGGCCAGUAUCAACUUCUCAACGGGCUGCGGUCGCAAAGGCUUUUUUAGCUGGUACAGUGAUCCGAUCGUGCAGCUUCCCAUUAACCUACGUACGGUCCCGUCAAAUUUCACCCAGGGAUUUGUCGAGUCAGAUAAGCACGUAGCCAUCGAAGGGCCGAAUUACCAACGUAUCUACACGCCGCCUGAUGUAGCGGCGGACUCGGAUAUCGAAUAUCAUACGCUGAAGAACUAUGGGCGCACACUCGGCGGCGUGACUCUCUGGCCGCAGACUACGCCGCCUCAAACUACCGAGUCGGCCCCGGCUCUCGAAUACGACUUGUAUCUAUUCACCAACAUCUCGAAGGCCAACGUAACGCUAUAUCUCUCGCCCACCCAGAAUUACCUCUCCGACAAGACGCCCCUCGAGUUUGCCGUGUCUCUUUUCCCUGCGGGCGCAGAGCAGGCCGAACCGCAAGUUGUUCGCUUCGUGGGCGAGAGCGUCGGAGCGGGUAUGCCUCCCGGUUGGGGACGCGCCGUCGCCGACUCUAUCUGGGGGCUGGCCCCGGGUCAUAACACCACGACGACCUGGAACGUUGCACAAGAAGGAGCAUACACACUCAGGGUUUGGGGACUAGCGCCGAGCGUCAUCGUACAGAAGAUCGUGUUGGAUCUAGGCGGCGUGCGAUCCAGUUAUCUCGGCCCUCCCGAGAAUUUCCUUGUCGGGAGAGACGAGCUAGGUUUUUAUAAUCAAGCGAGCUUUGCGGAUGGCCCAGGGGUUCCUGGCGGAACUGCGAACAUAUAA